CUAAAAUCGAAAUGAAAAAUCCUUAAAUAGAAAUACAAACCCUCAAGAAUGAGAAUCAAAUGUUACAACAACAACUAAUCAAAGCACAACAAGAGAUCUCAAUCUAUAAAAAUAAUUUAUAACUAUAUGAUUAAGAGAGAUAAAAAUUAUUGGAUGAAAGAGAUAAAUUAGAAGAAAGACUUUAAGAUAAUAAGAGUAAUUUUGAGAAAAAAGUGAAAAGAAUUAUUGAAAGAAUGCCAUGUUAGAUAGAUAAAUAAAGUCGAAGUUAUAUAUCGAAUUCUAUAAUUUAAAAAGCAAAAGGUGUAAUGGUGGAUCUUGUUAUUGCAUACAAGGAUGCUUACAAAGAAGAUUAUCGAGACAGUCAACGUUGUAAAUGCUAAUCUCUAUUCGAAUCUUUUUAUAUUAUUGGAAUAAACCAUAAAGAACUUAAAGAAAUGCCAGAAAAACAAAAUGUAGCAAUGUUACCACCAAAAUUUUUAUAUAAGCAAUAUAAAAAUGGGAUAAAUUCUUAAGAGAGGGAUCUUUUGACUGAUCCUGAAAAAGAUAUAAAAGAAAUUUUUGAAAAAAAACCAAUAAAAGUUGAAAAAUUAGAUGGUUAUGACUAUAUUGAGGAGAAUAUCACAAGGUUUCAAAUUUUAGUUAUUUAGAUUUCUACAUGAAAGAUAAAAAAUUGAGGAUAAGGAAAAUUUGUAUUUUUUUAAUUUGAGUGGUUGUGAUAAUUUAUUUGAUGUAUAAAUUCCCCUAAACAUGGAAUUGCUUAAUAGCUUUAAUAAGGAUAAACAGUUAUUUCUUUUUGUCUACAGUGUCGAUGAUUAUGUUACUAGUUAUUAUGAUGAUAGAUAUUAAUUUUGGAAAUUUAAAAAAUACUAUUGUUUUUUAACAUAUUUUCCAAUAUCUGAGAUAUUUGAUUAACUUUUAAUAUUUGCAGCAAGUACGUUGUUUAUUAAUUAAAAAAUUUAGAUUUAAUUAAACUUUAAAGAUCAGAUUCCUAUUUAUAAUAUAAACUGGAAUAAGCAUAAAGGCAGAAAACAAAAAAAAUGAAAGAAUCUUUAGAGUAACAAUAUAGAUAAAAGAUCUAUCAAGACAUAGAUGCUGUUAACAUUAUUUAUGUAUAUAAUUUAAAUAUACUUAUUUAGAAAGCGAAAGAUGAAAUUGCUAAUGCAAUAAAAUUGAUCUCAGAUAUAUAACUUAAUUAUGAUCAACCUUAUAUAGAGUUUGAUUUAUAAAGUAUUAUUAAGGAUAAAAAUAUUCGAAUUCAAUAAGAAAAACUUAUUUACAAACUUCCAGUGAUUCCUUUAUAAACUCCAAUGUAAACAACAAAGGAAAACUUUAAAUCUAAUUUAACCAAUUAAAUAAUGGUAAAAAAUAGAAUUAGACAUACUCAUAUAGUGAUGUAAAUUUUUAGUUUUGAUGAUUUUACAACAAUAUUUAUGGAAAUCUUAAAAGAAGGAUAAAUUUUAUUUAUGUGUGAAAAUAUCUACAUUUUAACAUCUGUAUGCUAUUUCUUUCACUUGGUAAUUUAUCCUUAUCUAUGGGUUUUACCAGCUCUGUACUAUUCUAAUUCUGAAACAAUUGAUAAUUUGCUAGGGAAUUAAAUGCCAUUUAUAGCAGGACUUAAUGAAGGAUAUAAUAAAUGGAUAUAAAACUACAAAAAUAAAUAACAACUUUAAAAAAGCAAUUUAACUAUCGUAGAAUUCUUAAUUAAAAAGGAAGCUUGUGGUGAUAAUAUUACACCUCUAAUACACUAAUAUUAGUCUCAAAAUAACAAUCUUCGUCUAAAAAAAUUGAAGACAAAUCCAUAUUUUUAAAUUAAUGAAAUGCUUUAAAAGUAUAAAAGUAUAGGACAUAUUUUUUAAAUAAGCUAGAAUGAAGAAUAAUCUAAAAAAUGUGCUGAAUUUUUAAUCAAUUUGAUAAAUAUUAUAGAGAAUGAUUUCAUUAAGAAAAUUGUACCUGAUCUAGAUCCAGAUUUUAUUAGUAAUGGUAUUUGGAAUUAAGGAUUAAUACUAAAAAAAAUGUUAGCAAAAAUAAAAGAUAAUGAAGACUAGGAAUUUAUAAAACAAUACAUUUUUGAAACGGACUAUUUUUAAUAAUAUUUGAAACAUUAUUACAACUUUUAUAAGAGGUGAAAUAUAAUG